UUUGCCAGGAGUCUCUUCAAGAUUUGCCAGAGGCCAGCCUAGUCAAAUUUGUCCACAGACCAACCAGAAGCGUGCCUCAUCAACCCCGGCCAUGGAGGUUGCCAUAUCUGCAGUUGCAGGUGAACUUGUGAGUCGAUUUGUCACCUUCCUGAUGAACAAGUACCACUCCUCCAGCCAUGCACAGUCAGAGGAGACGGUGGUGGAGAGGUUGCAGCAUGUCCUGUUGAGAGCUGUAACCAUUGUCGAGGAGGCGGAUGCUCGAUACAUAACCAACUCCGGGAUGAUGAUGCAGCUCAAGAUGCUCUCGGAGGCCAUGUACCGAGGUCACAGCCUGCUCGAUGCCUCAAGGUACCGAGCCCUCCAAGACGCCGCAGGCUUCGACGAGGUUAGCAGCGACGACCCAUCUAGCAGCAGUUUGUAUUUUGCCAUUCCCCUCAAGCGUUCUAGAACAGCAAUGGUGAAAGACGACAAGGCCAUGCGCCCGGGGUCACAUGGUGCCUUGGAAAACUUAGAAAUUGCUGUUGCUAACAUGGCUGAAUUUGUUGUGCUUCUGGGUGGAUGUGAGCGCAUGUCUCGAAGGCCAUAUGAUGUUUAUCUUUACACCGACAACUUCAUGUUCAGCCGACAUGCUGAAAAACAAAAGCUCUUGAGCUUCCUGUUGGAGCAAAACGACCCUCCUGGUGAUCAUGCACUGGCAGUUUUUCCGGUGAUAGGUGGUGUCGCAGUUGGGAAGAAAACUUUGGUUGCCCAUGUGUGUGGCGACGAAAGGGUUCGCUCAUGCUUUUCCUCAAUUUUGCACUUGAAUGGAGACAGCCAUUUGAGGAUGCUUGACGAUGGAAGGACCAUGUUUGGGAGGACAACACUGGUAGUUAUUGAAUUUGCUUCUGAUGUAGGCGACGAUGACUGGAAAAGCUUUCAGUCCUUUUUCAGAAGGAUGGGCAGAGGAAGCAAGAUCAUCAUCAUAAGUAAAUUUAAAACAGUAGCCCGUUUUGGAUCAGUGAAGCCAAUUUUCCUUAACGCUCUAUCUUACGAUGAGUUGAGGUAUCUUUUCAAGACACUGGCAUUUGGAAGCGCAGACCCGGUAGAACAUCCACGGCUAGUACAAAUAGCAGAUGAAAUCACCAAGGUGCUGCACAGUGUGCAAGGUUCACUUGUGGAAGUAAAUGUGUUUGCGGAUGUGCUGAGAAGGAAUCUCGAUGUUCAGUUCUGGUGUUGCAUACUGAACAAGGGGAUCAGACUGGUCAAAAGAAACCUGUCCAUGUAUGGCGUGCACCCAACCCUGCUUAUAGAACAAGGCCAGCCAGUGGACAUAACGGACCUCGCCUCGCAUCCACUUAGCAUGAUACCGUAUAAACCCAAGGAGGAAUCGCCAAGUGUGUCGUUAGGGGCGCUUGUAGCAGACCCUAGCAUCAGACCGGAUGGCGACUUCACUCUGGUCGCAUGGGAAUCAAGGAUACCCCCACAUAAAUCAUUUGUUCAUUAUGUCACAAGUCGUGCCCAGGAUACACAGGAAGGUAGUAGCAGUGCCUUGCCGGGGAGGAGGAAGCGCCGAGGCGUGCCAUUUGAAUGUUGCUUCAGACUAGUGUAAUGUGAUUCUAAUUUUGCUUCAGACUGGUGUAAUGUGAUUCUACUUUUGCUUCAGACUAGUGUAAUGCGUAACUCUUGUUGUAAUCUUUUAUAUGCGGCGAAGGAAUGUGUUCAUGUAUACUGACGAACUAUUACUAGGCCCUGUUUGUUUCAGCUUUGUUAGGGAACAGAUUCAGCUUUGAAAAAGCAGAAGCUGAAACAAACAGCCAUUGUAGAACCGCUUUGAAAAAUC